GUUGAGAGGCUAAUUAGGUAGAGGGCGGGGCCUGGGACGUCCGGGCCUGGGGUUAUUGAGGCCCGGGGUCUGUGCUGUGUUAGAAGCUGUUACUAUUAGGAGGCGGUGGAUCCUUAUUCCAAUGGCUGACCCAGGAUUUAUUUUUUCAUUACUGGGGCUUGAACCCAGUGCCUUCGCAAUGAGCUACAUCCCCAGACCUUGGCCUUUUUUAUUUUUUAUUUUCUUUGGUACCGGGGAUCGAACUUAGGUCCUUGCGCCUGCGCAGCAGGCGGGGAAACCACUGCGCUAAAUCCCGGGCCCGACCUUGGCCUUUUUUAAUUUUUAUUUUGAGCCGGUUUCAGUAUGUCACUAAGUUGCCCAGGAUGGGAUCAAACUUGUGAUCUUCCUGCGUCAGUUUGAGGGCUGGGUUACAGGAGUGCGCUACUAUUACUGGCUCCAGGAUUAUCUGAUAAAACGGCGGGGUCAGGACAGUGAUUGGUGUGGCCUCAGCCUAUAAGAUUACUAGGGGAGGUGUGUGCUCCCUAGAUUGCUAAAUUAUGGGCGAGUCUGUGUAAAUUGCAAAGGUUAUGCAAAAAGCCCCAGGUAUUAGUGUGCUGGAUUCUGCAGACAUAGAAGUCACAGACAGCCACCUGCCUCAUGCCAUUGUCGUGGAGCACCUGGCCCAGCACUGCAGGUCAGAGACUCUGGGUAUGAGUACUGCGCCACGUCCAGUGAUUCUGGAUAAGGCAAGCUGUGCUUGGAAGCCAACCCAGGCCUCCAGUUGGUUCUCUGUGGAGCUGCUCCGUGGCCCUGCAGGCUUUGGCCUCAUCUUAAGUGGGUGCCGAGAUGGAGCAGGGAAUGCUCCCCUGGCAGUUCGUGGGCUGCUGAAGGAUGGGGCUGCGCAGUGCUGUAGUCAUUUGCAGGUCGGUAACCUUGUGCUCCACAUCAGUGGAGAGUCUGGACAGGGCCUUACCUGUGCCCAGGUCAUGGAGUGGAUCCUUGCUGGAGGUCCCAGGCUCCACCUUGGGCUCAGGCAGCCUCCCAGAAAGCCUGAGGAACUGAGAGGGCCCUAGAAAGGAGGUGCUGGGUUUUCCAGAGGAGAGGGUCAGGGAUCUGUGAGAAGUAGGGGUUCACAGACCAGAGGCUGGGCCCUGGGUGGAAAGGGUUUGGUGGUCUCAGUGGGAGAGGGUUGCAAUAUGGUGUUUGGGUGUGAUUACGGUAUUCUCCAAGGUGGGGGCAAGUAGGGGACCCCUUCUCAGGAUAGGAAUUUCAGAAGGGAGGUUUUUGAAGUGUGAGGAGAUUCAAGGAGGGAAGGAGUCUGGGGUAAAAUCGCGUGUUCAGAAGGAAGGGUCUUAGUCCUUGGAGAGGCAAGCAGAAUCAGUCUCAGUUGAGAGACAGGAUGUAUUGGACAGAGGGUCUAGUUCUGAGAGACACAGGGUCUACAAGUGAAAGGGUUGGGAGUCAAGGGAGGUGAGGUGAGGGAGGGGACAGUGAGAGGUCCUAGAAAGGAGUGGUUCAUAGUCCCAAGGCCAAGGUGGCAGUUUGAUUUCCUGUGGCGGUUGUGGGAAAUAAUUUCUGAGAGGCAUGGCAUGGAUAGAGGAGGGGAGGGAUAUGGAGAAAGACGUGUGAGGGAUGGCACUGGUCACUGAAGGGUAGGUAGCUCCAGGCCUUGUAGGAGAGGUUUCUUCAAGGGACAGGGGUCUCUGUCCCCCACAACCCUUGGGCUCUCCCAGCCACUCUCAGGCAAAGGCCCUGAUUUCAGUUCCCUACACCAGCACUCAAUCUAACCCGCAGUCUCGGUGU